AUGAAGCCACACAACCUCUUGCAGGCCCUGCUACUUACAGCUUCAGUUGUUGUAAAUGCCGGAAAAACCCCCAGACCUGCAGUCGCUUCUUCCAGCACUGGUAGAAAGAGCAAUGGCGACACUCGCAAGUUCAUCAUCGAAGUUGAGCCGAAUCGCGGACUAGCUACAGUCGCACACCAGUUUCUCACGAAACCUGACCGGAAAAGACCCCUGUUCAAGAGUCUUGAUUGCAGUGAUAUUUUCAGCGGAAUGGUAGUGGAAACCGACACUGACAAUGCGGAUACACUACUUCAGAUGGAGGGAGUUGUUAAUGUCUGGCCAGUACACAAAGUAUCUAUGCCCAAAGUUGAACAGUCGAAGCACGGUCCAUCCUCCUCGAUAAGAAACUAUUCUCUCCACCAUUGGACGGGCGUCGAUAAACUCCAUGCCGCUGGGAUACGUGGAAAAGGGGCAACUGUCGCCAUAGUAGACACAGGGAUUGACUAUACUCACAAAGCGCUUGGAGGAUGCUUCGGUCCGGGAUGUAAAGUCAAAGGAGGUUAUGACCUUGUGGGAGCCGACUGGGAGACACAUAAUGAGAAGAAACACCCAAAGCGACCAGACAAUGAUCCCAUGGACUACCAAGGGCAUGGAACACAUGUAGCUGGUAUCAUUGCUGCUGAAAAUGAAUGGCUUACUGGAGUUGCACCAGAUGCGGAACUUCUUAUCUACAAGGUAUUUUCCGAUAACCCAUGGGAAACUGACGAGGUGACUAUAAUGCAAGCAUUGUGUGAUGCUUACAAUGCGGGAGCCGAUAUUAUUACUUCAAGCAUUGGACAGCCAAACGGGUGGUCCGACAAUCUCUGGGCUGUUCUAGCUAGCCGACUGGUCGACAAAGGUGUUGUGAUGAUCGCAUCAGCUGGCAAUGAAGGAGAGUUUGGACCUUUCUACUCUAGCAGUGGCGCUAUCGGGCAUGGUGUACUUGCCGUGGCUGCUGCCAAUGUCACCACAAAGCCAAAUGCAAACAGAACCGGCGAGGACUAUGGACCAAUGCCCGUUUACUUCACCACUUGGGGACCAACAAAUGAGUUGCUCCUUAAACCAGACAUCGCCGCUCCAGGUUUCGAAAUUACGAGCACCGUGCUAAACCAGAGUUACGAAGAACUGAGCGGGACAUCCAUGUCGGCGCCAUACAUAGCAGGCAUCGCAGCCCUUUUCAUCGGGAAAUAUGGUGGCCGUGCUUUCAAUGGUGCCGGAGUGGCUAAGAUGCUUCGAGAUCGCAUUGCUUCGAGUGGGAAAAGCCUGCCAUUUGUGAAUAGCCGCCUCAACCGGAAGUUCAAAUCUCCACCAUUCCAGGUCGGAACUGGGCUGGUGGAUGCAAUCAAGGUGCUUAAUUACGAUACCCAGCUCGAGUAUGAGCCCUUUGCGCUGAGAGACACCGAAUUGUUCAAGCCACGAUGGAAAUUCAACAUCACCAACACUGGUGGAAGGGCACACCAAUACAGAUUCAAACUUGAGCCCCAGGCAGGCUUCAAUAUCUACGACGCCAACUACGGGGUCUCUCUGUUGUAUGGAAUUGAACCAAAGAACAUCGUCCCUCCUGUGAGACUCCCUCAUACGGUUUUUAUAGAGUCAGGAGAGACAAGAGAGCUGAGUGUCACUUUUGGUCUUCCAGACGUCGACGACGAUUACUUGCCAUUGUAUGGCGGCAAGGUAUGGGUCAUUUCUGAUCACGGAGAGAAACUGUCCAUACCGUAUGGAGGAGCGGCGUAUGAUACUGAAAAGGCAUUCGACAACAUGUUUAUUGCCGAACCGUUCAUCACAGAUCCGGACAAGGACUUGACCUGGUCUUUCAACAUCGACAGAGAUCCGAAUGAUUUUAUUGAGAUUGGUGGUAGGCUAUCAUACGCUUGCAAGAACCUCAGAUGGGAUAUAUUUGAGCAAGGCUGGACAGAAUCACUCUGGACCUACCCUCUUCGUGUUGGCGAAUUUGGCUACGUCGGUUCAGCAACUACAAUGCGAGAUGCCGAAGAAUUUUGGUUCUUCGAUCCAACCAUCAAUGACGCGAAUGACACUAUACCGUUCCCACUCAAACGUGAAUCGCGCGGGUUUCAUGUAUUUUGGUGGUUUGGUAAGCUCGCCAACGGUACAAGAAUAGCGCCGGGAAACUACACCAUGAGAUUUGCAGCCCUGAGACCUUAUGGGAAUCCAAACAUUUCGGAUCACUGGGACAUCAUGUACAGACCAGUGGACAGCAGCAUACAGGUGUUGCCUUAUAACGAUAACGACAACGACACACAUAGUUCGAAUCUGACAUCCAAGGCACCCCGGUACCAGAUGCCGAGUCUGGGAAAGGCCUCGUUGAAAGGACAGUAG